UUCGGGGCUAUCUAUAUCCGUCGGUGGUGCGUCUGGUGGGUGCUGGUGUGUUGGUGCGCCGUCUACCGAUCCCUCGUGUUACGGGUUACUGCUGCCGGCCGGCCGGCCGUUUGCCUACGCGUAUCCGCAGUGCGGUCGACCACCGGGUGACUACCGAAGGCCAUUUACCCGGCUGGCGGGGCGCGCGUCGACGACAGUUGCUCGUUACGGCGCGGAACGACGACGUACGCGACGACGGCGAUCGCGGCGAUCGCGGCAACCGCGGCGACGACGGUGACGAGGACGAGGACGACGACGACGGCGGCGCGGACGCGGACGGGGACGAGGACGACGAUUACGGCGGUAACAGCGACGACGACGACAACCACGUCGGGGAUAUGUGCGGGUGUGCUACGUCCACGCGGCGAGGACAGGGGACUGCUGCGGGUAAAUCGGCACGGCGCGCCAAGUCCUCGUGUUCGGUACAUAGGACGCCCGGGGUACGGUAGCUCGUCCUUCAGCGUUACUCCUCAUCGACGCUCGCGGGCAAUGUGCCCACCCGCCGGGAUAGCAACGGGUGGACAAGGCGUACGAUGCUUAGGGAUGCUUGGACGAACGACGGUGGGAAAGGCUGGUGGCGAUGGUGGUCCAGGUUGGGCGGAUUGCUGGCGAUGGCGGCAGCCAUAUCCUGUCUCGUUGCCCCGUUUCCGGGCGCCUCGGCCAAUCCGGAAGCGAAGCGUCUCUACGAUGACCUGCUGUCGAACUACAACCGCCUCAUCCGCCCUGUUGGCAACAACAGCGAUCGCCUCACUGUCAAAAUGGGACUACGCCUCUCCCAGCUCAUCGACGUCAACUUGAAGAACCAGAUCAUGACGACAAAUGUUUGGGUGGAACAAGAGUGGAACGAUUACAAGCUGAAGUGGAAUCCGGACGACUAUGGUGGUGUCGACACCCUUCACGUACCAUCGGAACAUAUAUGGUUACCUGACAUCGUUCUUUACAACAACGCCGACGGUAAUUACGAGGUAACCAUCAUGACUAAAGCGAUUUUGCAUCAUACCGGGAAGGUCAUAUGGAAGCCACCAGCGAUCUAUAAAUCAUUUUGCGAGAUCGACGUGGAGUACUUCCCCUUCGACCAGCAGACUUGUUUUAUGAAAUUUGGUUCGUGGACUUACGACGGUUACACGGUCGACCUGCGGCAUCUCGCGCAGACCGAGGACUCGAACGAAAUCGACGUCGGGAUCGACCUGACCGACUAUUAUAUCUCCGUCGAGUGGGACAUCAUAAAAGUGCCUGCCGUAAGGAAGGAGGCAUUCUACAUAUGCUGCGAGGAGCCCUAUAUCGACAUCGUGUUCAACAUUACCCUGCGCCGCAAGACCCUCUUCUACACGGUGAAUCUGAUAAUACCGUGCGUGGGCAUAUCCAUCCUGUCGGUGCUGGUGUUCUACCUGCCGAGCGACAGCGGCGAGAAGGUCUCCCUGUCGAUCUCGAUACUCCUCUCGUUGACGGUGUUCUUCCUGCUGCUGGCCGAGAUAAUACCGCCCACGUCGCUCACUGUGCCGCUCCUGGGAAAGUACCUGCUCUUCACGAUGGUGCUAGUGACGCUGUCGGUGGUCGUCACGAUAGCCGUGCUGAACGUGAACUUCCGCUCGCCUGUCACUCACCGCAUGUCUAGAUGGGUGCGGGUGGUAUUCAUCAACGUGCUGCCGCGGUUCCUCCUGAUUAAGCGACCGAAGAAGGACGACGAAGUCGACGAGGACGACGGCAGGAGCGCCGGCAUCAGUGCUGCCGGUGGCACCAGCGACGACGACGGCAUCGACGACGACGAGGACGACGACGAAGACGAUGUCGAGGCGGCGAACGGCAAGCCGCCCGAGGGCAUCCUCACCGAUGUGUUCCAUGUACAAGAGACUGAUAAGUACGACAAGUACUACGGCAAGAGGUUCAGCGGAGAGUACGAGGUACCGCCGCACGGGCCGCCGCCGCCGGCGACGAGGUACGACCUCGGCGCCGUCGGCACCGUCGGCACCGUCGCACCCUGCUUCGAGGAGCCCCUACCCUCGUUGCCACUGCCCGGGGCGGACGACGAUCUCUUCGGGCCGGCUAGCCCCGGCUACGCUCACGAGGACGUCAGCCCCACCUUCGAGAAGCCGUUGGUACGCGAGAUCGAGAAGACCAUCGACGACGCCCGCUUCAUCGCCCAGCAUGCCAAGAACAAGGACAAGUUUGAGAGCGUGGAGGAGGACUGGAAGUACGUCGCGAUGGUACUCGACCGGAUCUUCCUCUGGAUCUUCACGCUGGCCUGCGUGUUCGGCACGGCGCUGAUUAUUCUGCAAGCGCCGAGCCUCUAUGACACCACGAAGCCGAUCGACAUCAAGUACAGCAAGAUCGCCAAGAAGAAGAUGAUGCUGAUGAACAUGGGCCCCGAGGAGGACUAGUCGACGAUCCCGCGCGGCUUCGCGCCGCGUCCACGAUGGCGGUCGGCCGAUCGUCGCAGGCGCCGACGACAGCGUCUUCCACGUCGCCGUCGUCGUCGUCGUCGUCGACGUCGCCGUCGCCAUUGUUGCCGCAGUCGUCGUAAUCGUCGUCGCUGCUGCCGCUGCCGUCGCCGUCGCCGUCGCCGUCGUCGUUGUUCCCCGCGGCCGCCCAUCAUCGAAACUGCCGAUUUUCGCGUCGACGUGGAAGAGGACUCUCUCUCGAUCACUGGUGCCAAAGGACACGACGUCGUGGUCCCGACGCCACGGCUCCAUGGACGGACACGCAUGUGAGGGAUUUUGCGAUGCGACAGAUUGCCGGUCACGAGCGAGUGGCCGUCGUCGCGUCUGAGCGGAGCGGAAUACCGUUCCCUCCUCCGAAAAGGGCGGAUCGAUUGAACUUUUUAAUCCGACUACCCUUCGGGAUGGAGAUAAGGGCGUGCGACCGCAUGGUACACGAGAGUAGGAGAGCUUUCGUGACAAAGUGAGACGAUAGCGAGUUGGAGCGCGCAUGUGUAUGCGUGUGCGGGAGAAACAGGAACAGAGCGCGAGAGGGAACGAAUGCGAGGAUGAGAAAGUCAGUGAAGAACGGACGAGGAUGCAAGAGAAAGGGAGAAUGAAAGAGAGAAAGAGAGGGAAGGGAGGAGAGAAUGCGUGCGAGAAGUAUGCAAGGGGAAGAGGGAGAGAGACAAGCGAGAUGCAGAACGAGAGGUUGGGCGAGAGAGAGGUGAAAAAGUGCCAAAUACGCGAAAAACACGCGCACCGUAUUUUUGUAAAUCUGGUUUCAUACGUAAGGCUAGAGUCGUGCGGCGAGACGUCGAACUGCCCGAACUGCCGAUUUUAUAUAAGAAGACGUUUACAGAGAGCGCGCGAGGAGAUGCGUACACUCCGAGAUACACACACGCGUUCACACCAUACAUACAUAUUACAUUACACGCACGUUUGGCAUAUAUGAUACGCAUACAUAUAUGAAUACACGUGUACCAGCACCAAACGCCACCCACACACACGCGCGCGCGCGGCAUACCUCCAUAAUAUGGUAUAUAUGAUACAUGUGUUGGACACGCGCGUACAUCUUCCGGCGCCAACCUGGACCCAUUACGGGCGUAUACGUAAAGCUCUUUUCGCGCCGAUAUAGCGAGGGAGAAUCUCCGCGCACUCCCAUGAAAGAAUUUUGCAUGAGGCUCUUGCCUUUCACAAAUUUUUCGCAGUGAAACAAAUUUGCACGCGACAUUUUCCAUUUAUUGAAAUAAUCUCCGAUCGUUUCGAAAUUUGUUGAAAUAUCGAAAUUCGCCUCGAGAUCCUUGAUUCCACAAUCGCUGAAUCUCUGAAAUUCGGUAAAAGCUUUUUAAUUUGCGGCAUUUCCAACCGAUAUUACCAAGAAUAUCAGCUAAACUUUCUAUUGAUCUGCUGGUUCAUCUUCUAUCGGUCCAUUAAUGAUUCUUGAUGGAAUCAUCAACGCAUUUUUCCUCUGAGUAAUGAUCGCCCACUUGAUGCGGAUAUCGACGUGGAUAUGCCGUUAUCGAUGCGGGAGCGAUUCGACAUUCGAGUAAUUUACACGAGCGCCCAAUUAUCGAAGCAAAUUAUUCGGUUGAUCGAUUAUUCCGACGUAUCGAGUGCUCCGGACAGCAUCCGAGCGCUUGACGAGAGUGGUAUGACUACUGGGAAUAAUUGAUUGGCAAAAUAAUUUGCGCGAAGAGCGUCCACUCUCUCGUCGAUUUGUCCCAUAAUUAAUGUCAUAAUUAAUAGCGGCUUCCGAAACAGGGUCGCUGGGUCCUGGGAGGUGCCACACCUUCGCCGUAGACGUGCGCGCGUCUCCGAAAAUCAGGGUUAUCAGGAAGGCCGGGAGUCGCGCGAGAGGAACAAACAUAAAUCGAACGACAACCUUGCGAACAACUGCCAAUUUUAGACGCGGUCUCUGUCUAAUCUACUUAGUCAACUUGUAAGGGCAACGAUGACGGGGUGAGUAGCGCCGGUGGAGUAAACGGCGGUCGAUAGGACGGAUGAAUAGAACGGAUAAUGGUGAUAGGAUUCACGUCGUGCCAAAAAGCGGUUUCAGCCACGAGCCAGCUCGCCCACGUGCCAAAAGGUUCGACGUACAAGUUUCCUUGCUUUCUUUCUCUUCCGAUACUUUAUUAUUCCCGUCAUGGGAAGAGAGCUCAUCUUACGGGAAGUCUCGCAAUUAUCACUGAUAACCGCUAUUCAACCAAUGCCCGCGUAUGGAGCAAAAAGAGACUUUGCGAUUAGGUGGAAUCGUCGAGAAUCGAUUACAUGACGAUGACUCACGAUUGCCUGAAUAACUAAUCGCACGCGUGUUUACGUGAAUAAGUAAUCGCGAUGUAUAAUUCCCCCGCGUGUAGCGAGAUUGAUCUAUGCUCAACGUAAAUGUGGACGUUCAACUUGAAACGUUAAAGAUUCUCGUGGAUACAUGUAAUUGAUGUCGAACACGUGUAGGUAUCUUUAUAAAUACGAGGCAUUAUUUCAUCUGAACAAUAUUGCGGCAUAAUUUACGAUGAUCGAUUUACAUCAUUAAAACAAUUCAGCUAAAGCGAGGAAUGCGAUUUAAUUAUUAAUCACAACGUCGGGAAAUGAAAAAGCAAUCACGGAAAAAAGAUAUAAAUUAAUGCUCGCGCGUCGUGCAUUAAUUAUUUCGGGCACGAGAAUUAUCGUCAUAAAAACACGGAAAGCCACUUUACUCAUGCAUACUCAUGUAUGCAAUUUCGCCAUGAAGCACAAGGGUUGAAGAGUUGGCUCGUCCGUGGAGGAGAUGGGGAAAGACUCGAGUAUCAAUCAUAACUCGUCGUGGAUCAUAACUCGUCGUUCGUCUCUUCUUCGGCUUCUUCUCUUCGAUGGCGGUACAUCGACCACGGUACUGCGCGCGCGAGUGUUACGUGCGUCUGCGUGUGUGGAUGUGUAAUUUCUUCUUUCUGUCCCGCGUACAUAAACGUGGAUCAAUACAGACUGCAUACUUGCGAGAAGACGAGAGAGCGAGAGAGAGAGCGCACGUGAGGCGGAACGAAUGAGAGGAGUGGCAAGAAGAGAUGAACAAGAGAGACACCGCGACGACGAGGGAUGCGAGAGAGUUUCCGGCAUGCAUGCUCGCGCUCGUUCACGAUUGGUCGUGACGCAGAGGUUCGUCGUGGCGUUUCACGGCGGCCAGUAAAAAGCGGGGAUAAGUUUUAACGGGAGUCAAAAUGACGCAGGACUGGGAAAUGCGAAACGCGAGACGGUUACUACUGCGGGACGGCGAGGAAUAAUCCCUCGGUAAGAACGCGACGCAAGUUAAAGAUGACACGGUUUCGAAUAGUUUUACCCCACUGGGGACGAGAGGGAGAGGAAGAGGGAAAGGCAAAGAAAAAAAGGAAAGAAAA